ACUAAGAGAAUAUUACACUUCACCUUGGAGAUCCUCCACCUGCUGACCGGAGAGAUGGAGUCAUUGAUAGAAAUCCACCCGAGAGGUGUCCCCGCCCUCUGUAUUCCCAGGACUGUCCAGAGGGAAAUGUCCCAGAGAAGCAUCAGGGGGGAGAUCUGACUAAUCAUAAAGUGGAGGAUGAAGAAGAGAGGAUGAGGGGCCAUCACCCGUGUAUGAGGGAAGUGAAGGAGGAAAUUCCAGGAGGUGUUACCCCAGAAAAUCCCAGUAAGAAUUCUGAGGGAAACUUCAUGUUAUCCCUGAAUGAUAAAGGAGAAGAUGAAGAUAUGAUGGAGCGCUCCUCAGGAGAAGACCUCCUUACCCCUAAUGUCCAUCCAGAUCUAUCCUAUAAUAAUCCACCUGAUCAUGAGGAACCUUCUCCUGACCAACCACACAUUGUUACCACAAGGACAGAGCAGGAACAUGGGAAAGGUUUAUAUUGUGAGGAAUGUGGGAAACAAUUUACAGGAAGAUCAGAUCUUUUUACACACAGGAAAAUUCACACAGGGGAGAAGCCAAAUUCAUGUUCAGAAUGUGGGAAAUGUUUUAAAAGUAAAUCAGAGCUUGUUAAACAUGAGAGAAUCCACACAGGGGAGAAGCCGUAUUCAUGUUCAGAAUGUGGGAAAUGUUUUAGACAAAAAUCAGUUCUAGUUAUACAUGAGAGAAUUCACACAGGAGAGAAGCCAUAUUUAUGUUCUGAAUGUGGCAAGUGUUUUACAACUAACUCAAAUCUUGUUAAGCAUAAGAGAAUUCACACAGGAGUGAAGCCAUAUUCAUGUUCAGAAUGUGGGAAAUGUUUUAGAAACAUAUCCCAUCUUUCAAAUCAUGAAAGAAUUCACAUGGGAGAGAAGCCAUAUUCGUGUUCAGAAUGUGGAAAAUGCUUUAUAAGUAAAGCACAUCUUACGUUACAUGAAAGAAUUCACACAGGAGAGAAGCCAUAUUCAUGUUCAGAAUGUGGUAAAUGUUUCAAAGGUAUCUCGGAUCUUGUUAAACAUAAGAGAAUUCACAUGGAUGAGAAGCCUUAUUCAUGUUCAGAAUGUGGCAAAUGUUUUACACAAAAAUCAGUUCUAGUUGUACAUGAGAGAAUUCACACAGGAGAGAAGCCAUAUUUAUGUUCUGAAUGUGGCAAGUGUUUUACAACUAAAUCAAAUCUUGUUAAGCAUAAGAGAAUUCACACAGGAGUGAAGCCAUAUUCAUGUUCAGAAUGUGGGAAAUGUUUUAUAAGUAAAUCAGAUCUUGUAAUACAUAAGAGAAUACACACAGGAGAAAAGCCAUAUUCAUGUUCAGAAUGUGGGAAAUGUUUUAUAUGUAAAUCACAACUUUUUCGACAUGAGAGAAGUCACACUGGAGACUGAUAGAUGAAAUAAUAAAUUAUAAAAAUCUAAUAAUAUGGAGAAUGGAAAUCUGAGAUCUCAGGUAACAGUAAAAUGUGAUGUUUUCUAAGUUCUGUUGUGAGAAUUAACCCUCAAAUAAACUCCAUAAUAAAACCUAAGCAGAAGCUAAAGCCAACAUCAUCUCUUGGUCAUCAGCACCUGGGGUCAUGUGACCUUUGUAGGUAAAUAACGGUAAUGAGAAGUAAUAUGUAAUGCUAUUGUGUAUCAUUUAGUAGUGACUUGUAGCUCUACACUACAGUAUGAUUGGAUGAUUUCUAUGGAUGAUAAUGAUUGGUGAUUACUAUGUAUUACCUCGGCCUCAUUUCCAUUAGAAAUAUUACUGAUUGUAUCUCAUGUGUCACUUCUGUCCUAUCAGGAUCAGGACACUUCUGUGUUGUCACCAAUAACCCUUAGGCCGGGGUCACACACAGGAUUUUGGUCAUAUUGUGUUAGAAUUCUUCUUAUAAUGGGAUUAGUCAUGUGAUGCGGUGUUAUUAGUGUGUAUGGGGUGUGAUGUCUUCUCUGAUUUACAGGACUGUACAGCGACUGACGUGGUCUGAUACAAUUCUGUAAAUGGAGGAGCAGACUGAUCAGUAUGGACCUGUGUAUAGGGAAGAGACACUGGAGUGAAGUGGAGGGUAACCAAUCCCGUCCAUCAGUCAGGAUAGCGCUCUUGUAGGUGACUGGGAGAACUGGUUCAUGUGGCCAGGAGUGAGAUAGGUCCCAUAUGGUGAAUGUAUGCAGCAUGUCCUGGGACUUCUAGUCGUUGUUGCUCUUUUUAUCCGAUGUCCUCCGCACAGCUCACAUACGCCCCCGCUCCUUUAUGGCUGAGGCCGGGGUUACACUCAGGUUACACUCUGGUUACACUCUAGGGCCACAUAUCCCAGAUGUCUAUAAAUUACCUCCACAUUUCUGUAAUUCUGGGGAAACACCUAAAGGGUUAACACACUCACUAAAUAUAACUUUAUACACUGUGAUCGGUGCAGGUCUUAGAAUGAAGUCUAGAGGUGGUGGCCGGAUGAUGGGACCCAAUGAAAGGACAAGAAGAAGAAUGCAGGAAAUGGGGGAAGAAGAGAAGAGGGAAGAAUGAAAGGAAAAGAGAGAAAAGGGGAAAAGGCAACAGGAAGAGGAAGAAACCUCACAAAUCCAACACCACCAACUACCCCGACAGGAAAGAAGAAGGAAGGGUCUGGAUGAGGGCACAGGAUUAGGCUGGGGUAGUUAGGGAGGAGUCGGGGGAGGGCACAAACUCAAGCCGGAGACCCCACAGGAGAUGGAGUUUCCCAAUAAGGUGAGACAUGUCAGCCAUUAAUUAACUAUGGUGAACUGGGACAAUGUAGCUGCAUAAAAAAGUUAAAGAAGUUUGGUACCGAGAGGCCGUCCAGUCAAGUUAACCACAUCUCUGGUGCGGCAGUAUCACCAUGGUAACAGUAUACACCCUGCUGAUCCAUGAAUUAUAUGGUAGGGCCCUUAUAUAGGCUCUUGUAUGUAAUCCCUUAUGGGUCUUUGAAACAAUUUACCCACAAUGCAUGUUAAGCUUACCGGUCUAUAAUUACCUGGGGAAGACCUAGAGCCCUUUUUGAAGAUUGGUACCACAUUCGCCUUGCACCAGUCCCUCGGCACAAUACCAGAGAAUCUCUAAAUAUCAUGAACAGGGGUACAAAAAUGACUGAACUUGGGUGUAAUCCAUCUGGCCCUGGAGAUUUGCUUACUUUGGACCAUAUCUACAUUAAUCCAGGUCAGUACAUUACAUGAUGUGUUACCAGCACUGGCCUAGCCUACGCCAGCUCCUCAGCACUG